AUGUGGCUCUUUCCAUCGAAUUCAAAGAUGGAUUAUUCUAUUUACAGGACGUUUGGACAAGAGCAAAACACAGAGAGACCGAUGAUUCAGAAGCUAAGGAAACACCCUUAUCAUUGCCAAUGCAAGUGGUCAUGCAAAGAUUACCCUGAAUGUCCAAAGUGGCAUCAGACUGCUCUGAGAUUGAUCAGCAUUGCCCUGGUUAUACUCAUUGCUACAGUGAUAGGACUAAGUAUUUGGGUAAGUCACCUACACAUAUAUUCCUUCAGUGAUAACCAUUGCAUGGAGAUGUUUGGCAAUGAUAAUGAAACCAGAGAUUGUGACUGUAUGAAUAUUCUUCCCAAGAAACAGCAAGGUGCUACAAACUCCCCAACAAACCGUAGACUAAACUUAUGCCCUAAUGGUUGGCUGCAGGAAAAAGGGAAAUGUUACAACUUUUUUUACACUUUUAAAUCAUGGAUCAAUAGCCAAAAAUUCUGUUUAAAAAUGAAAUCAUGUCUUUUGAUUAUCCAAGACAAGGCUGAACUGGAUUUCAUGCAAAACAGUGCACAAGAUGGAAUCUACUUUUGGAUUGGAUUGAACAUUACACAUCUGCAAAAGACCUGGACCUGGCUGGAUGGAACCCCAUUAAACCCACAGUUAUUUCAAGUCACAGGCAAGGUGGAAGACAAUGCUUGUGCUGCAAAAACAAAGAAGGGUGUUUUUUCUGAAAAAUGUCACACUCCUAGUUAUUGGAUUUGUCAAGAUGUGAUUUCUUCAGACAAUGACCUCUAA